GGCGCGUGGCACAACGGAUACGCAUUUUCGUACGAGCGAGCCCUUCUCCAAGAUGGAGUGAAACACGUGGUGUUGAUUGCAGCGAUAUCCCCGUCUGCGCCUCUUGAAAACCGUGACACAUAUACCAGCGACUCGAGACUAGCAAUGGCACGUCGGUACGUCCCCAACAUUCUCAUCACCGGCACACCCGGCACGGGCAAGACUACUCUGGCGUGCGAAUUGGCGAGUCGCACGGGCAUGGACUGGCUGAACGUGGGUCAAAUUGCCCGAGAAAACGAGCUCUACGACGGCUUCGACGACAAAUACGGCUGCCCCGUACUCGACGAAGACCGCGUAGUGGACGAGAUGGACGACAAGCUCUCGCAACAGGCUGGCGGCAACAUCGUCGAAUACCACGGCUGCGACUUCUUCCCCAAGCGCUGGUUCGACGUGGUCUUCGUGCUGCGCACUGAUAACACGCUCCUCUACGACAGACUCCGCGCUCGGGGCUACGCAGGCAAGAAACUGGAGGAGAACCUGCAGUGCGAGAUUUUCCAGACCAUUCUGGACGAGGCACGCGAGGCCUACGACAACGGAAUCGUGUUCGAAUUGCCCAGCAACACACCUGAAGAUAUGGAGGAUAACCUGGACAGAAUAUGCAGCUGGAUAGAACAGUGGCGCAGCGCAGGCCAGUAGCCCCGUAGUGUCAAACGUUUCUUUGGACCUUCUACAAUAUGUGCUUCGUCCAUGGGACAGCAGCUAGCUGCCAGCGAAUCGUGUCGAACUGUUGUAGCCAUUCGUCUCUCGUCGAGAUGUUUUGAGAUGUGCUCCUGCGCCACUUCCUCAAGUGCUGAUGCAACAACUGCGACAGCGAAAUGAACUGACGACCGAAGAUCGCUGUUGUUUCUUUCAGUUGAUAUAAAUGUCUUCCUUUGAAUGAUGGUGUCGCAAAUUUGGUGACUUCGGCUACUAUGCCAAGAUGUACUGGCUGACGCAAUUUUUGAGUUUCAGGAGUAAUGGCUUGGAUGCCCGGUUUAAAAUCGGCACACGCAUCGCGAGAGUCGAAAAGAACCCUGCCUUUACAGCGGAAGAAAGUGUGGCACGAGUGAUUUCAUCGUUUCUGUGACAAAUCGCGCAAAGUGUUCACUCCCCUUAGUGUGACUCGCUACAUGGUGCAUUACACAAAGCAUGCAAGGUUUUAUUGUUUUCUUAGGCCUCCACCGAAAGUCCUGCAGGUUAAUUUUGCAGCAACUUGCACACAAAGCACCAACUUCUCCCAUUAUUGUACAGCAGUUUGUUUCGAGACCAAGACUUUGAAUGCCAUGAAUGCGGGUGCACUAUGGGAGAACUCAACACUGCCAUUUGCCAUUUUACCAUGAAAUCUAUAGCAUGCCUAGCAUUGUGAACAAAGCUGUGCUCCCUGUAUGAUGGCAUGUGACUAAAAAACGUGUUGCAUUGCUCGGCGUAGUCUAGCUAGUGGCAAUAAAACGAAGCACAUAAUUAUGA